UCCGCCCUUCCCUCGGAGUGACGCGUGUCCGUGGCUGACUCGGGCGCUGGACUCCUCCCCCUGCGCGUGAUAGAAUGGAGGGGCGGAGGAAGAGAGAGGGAGGAAGCAGGAAGUGAGGCUCAAAAACAAGACCGGAGUCCGAGAAGCAGCUGCCGCCGCCGCUCUCGAGCCAAAGUCCAGCUUCCUCGCCGCCACCGGGCCUGAGGAGCCUCGGCAGUCGCCGCCAUGUCCGCGAUGGAGAAACAUCUCUUUAACUUGAAGUUUGCUGCCAAAGAACUUAACAGAAAUGCCAAAAAGUGUGACAAGGAAGAAAAGGUGGAAAAAGCUAAAAUUAAGAAGGCAAUUCAGAAAGGUAAUACUGAAGUUGCAAGAAUACAUGCCGAAAAUGCAAUCCGGCAGAAGAAUCAAGCGAUCAACUUCUUGCGCAUGAGCGCUCGGGUGGAUGCUGUGGCAGCAAGAGUUCAGACGGCAGUAACAAUGGGCAAGGUGACAAAGUCAAUGGCUGGAGUGGUUAAGUCUAUGGAUGCCACCUUGAAAAGUAUGAACUUGGAAAAGAUCUCUGCUUUGAUGGACAAAUUUGAACAGCAGUUUGAAACCCUAGAUGUUCAAACACAGCAGAUGGAAGACACAAUGAGUAACACUACCACGCUAACCACACCACAGAAUCAAGUGGAUCUGCUUCUCCAAGAAAUGGCUGACGAAGCAGGCCUUGACUUGAAUAUGGAGCUACCUCAAGGACAGACAGGGUCCGUUGGGACAAGUGUUGCUUCUGCAGAACAGGAUGAGCUCUCUCAAAGACUGGCCCGGCUUCGUGACCAAGUGUGACGGGAAGAAUCGGUUGGCAGUUCUCCACGUAUGCUUCCGAAGCAUUUUGUGUACAUAACUCACAGCCCCGCUAGGAUCCCUGUGUCUAACACGUCUGGAUAUUUAUCUAGCGUACUAAAGGGUGCUUGUCUUUGGCUUGUCGCGCUUUCUAAAAUACAUCCAGUGACUGGAAAAGUAGUAUUAAUCCGUCAACGCGAGUGUGGUUUUCUAGUUCUGUACAGCACAUUUUUUUCCAGUUGAAGGUUAUAUUUUUGCAGAUGACUUGGGCGACCCUGACUGAAAUGUCUAUUUAACCAUGUGUAAUUUCAGAUCAUCCCAUUAAAAAAGAAAAGCUGCACUCCUAGCAUACGUUAUUUUUAAGUUAUAUAGCAGGGUUUUAAAUUAUGGAUAUGGUUUGUGAUUGACAGAGGCGGCAUAUGCCAAUUGCAUGUUCGUUGCACUCAGCACCCAAGGAACCUGACCAGAUCAGUCGGUCAGAACGGCACAGGCGAUGUGUACUGUGUCUAUAUGUGCAUUCUUCAAACUUGUACUGGAUUAUCUGUCUUUGGCACUGUAGAACGAGCACUCUUGUGGCAAGGCUGAGAAUGAUAAUAGUCCAAGCUGUCGUAACUAGAACCUUCUGUUGGUAUCGUCACUUCAGCUCCAAAGGAAUAAAAUAUAUUUUUCAACACUU